CAUUGCACAUGGUACAUGUUUGGGAACGUGUGGUGAUCUGAUAAAAUCUAAUAUCAGUUUCAUCUCGAAGAUGACUGCCGUUCUUAAUGUAGUAAAAGAAGAAGAAGUGUCUGUCAAUCCUCUACUAGUUCAGUUUACAAAUGGUGAUAUAAGUACAAAAAGCAAUGGUCAACUCAGUUUUACACUUUAUAAAAGUACAAAUACUGAAGAUAUAAGGAAGAAAUUUAGAAAGACAUUGGUAGCAAAGACAGACAAGAUGAAGUAUUAUGGCAAUAACUUUGGAAUGACAGCAAGAUCUAACUCAUUGUGCAAAUAUCUUGUUGGUGUUUACAAUAAGAAAUCUGGUACCAUGGAUGUUUAUGAUACAACAACAUUCAGAAUGCAACCAAAGAUUUCAACUGAUGAAAUAGAUGCAAAAGAAGCUCCUUCUGACCUCUCUUUUAUGGAGAAGAAUGAUCGAUUGGUUGAAGCAUUUGGUAGCACAAGAAGGAAGAGAGCAAUGAAAUCAAGGUUACAAAAUGUGAUUGACUCUCAAGAACUUGGGCACUCUGUGUCUGGGGCUGUUAGUCACAUGAUAGGUCAACCCGAACAGAAUGGUGAAGAAGCUUCUUCCAACUUCGGGGAAUCUGAUAUGCUACCAAGAUAUAAAAAGGACGGUCAGACAGCAGCAGAAAUUUACCCAAUAUCUAGUUUAUUAAGUAAAGACGAUCUUGAUGCUUUAAAGUCGCCCGCAAUCGAAAUGCUCUCUCAACUGAAAACUAACAAAGAGACAUGGCGAAGAGAAAGCAGAUAUUGUCAAUAUAUCCUGGAUCAUCUAGACGUUUUACCUCUCAAUGAAAAUGACAGAAUUCACAAAGCCUCGUGUUUACUUUACUUCUCAUAUCUUCUGAAAUGUUAUCAACUUACUUAUAAAUUACUCAAAGUCAAAGAUCCCAUGCCAGAUUUACCGACUAGGAUUAAAGAUAAAAUUUUUUCCAGUUUUUCUUUGCAACAAAAAAACACCAGGUGCAUUCCAAAACGUCUAAAAGAUAAACUCGUUUGUUACAUGAUUGUUCUUGCGUUGAUCAUCGAUGGUUAUACAAUAGACUGUAUGGUAUUGUGUAAAGAUUUAAAAAUGGCGCUACAGCGAUUUUGUAAUUUUGCUAAGUCAGUUGGAUGUAUUAUUGAAUCAAAUCAAGGAAUGAGAAAACGUAAGUUAGAAGAAGAUAGUUCAGCAGGUUUUAAACGUGCUACACUCCAAGUACCAUUGCCUAGUGAUUUUCCUAAUCAUAUCGUGCUUGCAUCGGGAAAAAGAAAAUGAUGGCUCUCUUGAACUUGUCUUGUGUUGCAAGAAAGAGCUCUCUUGUGUAUAAAGAUAGAGGUGUGCAUGUGCUGUGCAUGUGCUGUGCAUGUGCUGUGCUUCCCUUAAUCACAUUGCAGUGUAUGAGAGUCAAAGUUGAUAUUGCACAGUGUUAUUAUAUAUACAUACAGUAUAUAAACAAUGUUUCAUAACUAGCUGUGAUGUCACAGAAGCUUUGAGGGAUGUAUAGAGAGUUACAUAUUCCCAAGCCAACUUAAAACCAGCAUUUUUGCAGACAUUUUCAAUUUACGAUAGAAGUUGGGGUAAAUUUAAUAUAUUAAGCAUUUUAUAUAUCCCAUGGAAUAUGUGAACAGAGUUUCAAAACCGUAAACGAGACUGCAGAGACAAAAACGAUUUUGAAAUUCCUCGGUUUUCCCCUAAAUCAACGGCGAUAGGGGAGCAAAGAAAGGACUGUUUUAUGGCCAUGUUACACAGUAAAAUUUGCAACUUGCAAUACAUGUGAGACCUACUUUUGAAAUAUGUAAAUUUGGCAACUAUUAAACUUGUGUUUAUUGCACUUCACGAAUGUGAAUAACACUACCUUUAGCAAUAAUAAAAAUAAAUUAUAAUUAUAUUAUUCAAAUAUGUGAAUGCAUGAUUGAUAGCAUUUAUUCAGAAAAGCAACAUUCACAUCUCAAU